AAAGGAGGAGGGAGAAUCUUUACAUUACAUAACGUCUUGCAUAUGCACAAGGUAAUCCGGUUUGUCGUUCUUUGUUCAGUCAGUCUUUCGACAAACACUGUUUAUGUUUGAAAAAUUUUACAAAUCCCAACUCCACUAACGAACAGUACAACCCAACCAUCUAAAAAAUGGAAUCCGCACAACCACCACCACCUUCUAAACCAUCUACCAACAAACCCCACCAAUUCAUCGGUUCUAUGGCUCUCGUAGUGAAAGAUUAUGACGAAGCGAUUGCAUUUUUUACCCAAAAAUUGGAUUUUGAACUAAUUUGCGACGAAGUCCAGACACCACCGACGAAACGCUGGGUACUGGUUCGGCCCCCGUCUAACAUUCCUAACAAUAUCGAAAGCUGUUGCCUCCUCUUGGCCCGAGCGGUGGGCGAGGUGCAAGAAGCGUCGAUCGGAAAUCAAACGGGGGGUCGUGUCUUCAUGUUUCUUCACACGGAUGAUUUUUGGCGAGAUUAUGAAAAGUAUACGGAACGAGGGAUCAAAUUUGUCAGACCACCGACGGUGGAGCCUUACGGAACGGUUGCUGUUUUUCAAGAUAUUUCCGGAAAUUUAUGGGACUUGGUGCAGAUGAAUGAAAAGCGAUGAAAAGUUUUGACGAAAAUUAUGUAAUAAAUAUUUUACUAGGGGUGAAAUAUUUGCUAAAUGAAUAAAUAAGUUAUUACUUAUGUA